CGAGAAAAGAAAAAUAGAGGCAGGAUGCCGCACUUUCAAAGAGGUAUGGACAAAUGACCGACCAGUGGAAGACUAAGCAUUGUGCCCACUUUCCAAGGAGGGAACCAGUUGCAGUUAUGGAAAAGAACUGACUCAGGCAAAGACCCCACCCAAAACUGAGCGAUGAGAAAUAAAUAAAAUGCAACUCUCUAUCCUGACCUGGAGAACCAGCUGCAAGCAGCAUCAUCAUUGCCACCAUCUCAGACGUCUCCUCAAAGAGAAGCAGGUCCAUCCAUCAUAUAAAUAGGCCAGCUGUCUCCCAGUCCCCCCCCCCCCCCGCAAUGGAUCCGCUGAACUGCUCAACUCCGAGAGAAACCCUGGAGCAGGUUUCCGUCUUGCUGGGCUGCAGUCCGACCUCUGCAGAAGUGGCGUCAUACCUCGACAAACAUGACAAACUGAGGCAUCUCAGAGAGAAUUUCCUGGUGCCCAAAAUUGCAGACUUGCCUCCUUCUGAUCUCUCUCUGGUCGAUGGCAGCAACGAGUGCAUCUACCUGGUGGGGAACUCGUUGGGGCUUCAGCCCAAAAUGACCCGGAAAUAUCUGGAAGAGGAGCUGGACAAGUGGGCGAAAAUGGGUGCUCAUGGUCACACAGAGGGCUCUCGACCUUGGGCGUGGGCUGAGAACAACAUCGAGGCAGUCAUGGCUCAUAUUGUUGGAGCUAAACCUGAAGAGGUGGCGCUGAUGAACGGCCUGACGGUGAAUUUACAUCUUCUAAUGCUCUCCUUCUACAAACCCACAGCAGCUCGACACAAAAUCCUCCUGGAAGACAAAGCUUUUCCUUCAGACCACUACGCUGUGGAGUCUCAGAUCAGGCUGCGAGGAUUCGACCCUCAGCAGAGCAUGCUGCAGCUGUCACCCAGACCGGGGGAAGAGACUCUGAGAACAGAGGACAUCCUGCAGCUGAUUGAGAAGGAGGGCGACUCCAUCGCCAUGGUGAUGUUCAGCGGAGUUCAGUAUUACACGGGUCAGCUGUUCAACAUGGCCGCCAUCACUGAGGCUGGACAGAGGAAGGGCUGUUUUGUAGGUUUCGACUGCGCCCACGCUGUCGGGAACGCCGAGUUAAAGCUGCACGACUGGGGAGUCGACUUUGCCUGCUGGUGCUCCUACAAGUAUCUGAACUCAGGCGCUGGAGGCCUCGGAGGAGCGUUUGUCCACGAGAAACACAAAGACACCAUCAAACCAGCGCUGUUGGGAUGGUGGGGGCAUGACCUGAAGACUCGGUUCAAGAUGAAUAACGUGUUGGAGCUGCAGCCUGGUGUGAGCGGCUUCAGACUCUCCAACCAGCCCAUCCUGCUGGUCUGCCCCCUGCAGGCCAGUCUGCAGGUGUUUAACAUGACCAGCAUGCAGGAGUUACGCAGGAAGUCCCUCCUCCUGACAGGUUACCUGGAGUAUCUCAUCCAACAGUUCUACACUGAAGACUCCAAGCAGCCCAGGAAACCGCACGUCCGCAUCAUCACGCCCUCCGACCCUCUGCAGAGAGGCUGCCAGCUCUCACUCUCCUUCUCUGUCCCCAUCAGGAAGGUUUUCCAGGAGCUGGAGAAGAGAGGAGUCGCAUGUGACAUGAGGGAGCCCAGCGUGCUGCGGAUCGCGCCGGUGCCGCUCUACAACACCUUCAGUGACGUUCACACCUUCAUACAAACACUGGGAGCUGCGCUCGCAGCCGAUGAAUGAAGAGGGCUGGACUGCUGCAAAGCCACAGAGGUAUAAGAAGAUGUAAAGAAAAACUGGACCUAUUUUUAAAAUUUGUCUGUAAAUGAGUAAAUGUCUAUUUCAAGUACAUAUUGCUAUAUUUAAAAAGACAAACAUGGCACCAUUAAUCACUGUUUGAUGAUAUAGAGCAGGAAAUUUGGCUGAAACGUGGCAAUUUAAAACAAUGUGAAAUUUGCAAAACGAUGGAAGACGUGUCUCCAUCUUCUGCGGUUUAACAAAAAUCAAGCUAAAAUAUCACGUAUUCAGUUUCCACCACUUCACACAAAUAAAACCAAACUUAUCAGAACCACUAACCUUUGGAGAACGUCAGUGUGAGAACCACCUGAAAUGACACAGACCAUUUUUGACAAACAUUUCCUGAACGUGUACGUUGACUUUUGUUUUUAGUGCGAUGUCUGUUGAGGAUUUGACCUUAAAGUAAUUGAGCAAGUAAAGAGUUGUUCACCUGUUUAUUCCAUUUUUAAUUAUAUUCAACAUAUCUAGCAUAUCUCAGACUCAACACUACAUUUUAACGGGACCUUAACAAUACGUGAGGUGAAGAUGAACAGCUGUCAUGUCGUCCAUCUCAAUGUACAGUGUGAGCAUACACUGUACAUUGAGAUGGACAACAUGAUACCAAAGUGUCUCGAUCACCCCCUGGUGGCUGGGACAUGGACUACAAAGUCAAUGUACACACAGAGAACAUCUUUGAGCAAAAUGAAUUCAGUCAUUUGAAGUGGUUCUUAUCACACUGAAGUGUGAGGACAGUCGACUGAGACUCACGUUAGCUGAGAGCGUGGUAGGGUCUCUCCACAGCGCCUCCAAGUUUGCAAGACGGCAGCGUUUGUAUUCACAAUCUUUUGGCUUCAUUUCUGGAUAGAGAGCGGAAGUGGAGACAUGUCAACUAUCACAGUCUGUGGUUUGAAAUCACACUAUGCUCACGUCUCACUAAAAAAUAAAUUCCUUUGAAAAGGACGUAUUCUCUGCAUCAUUAGUCAGAACAUAUUACAUUACAUGUCAUUCAGCAGAUGCUUUUAGCCAAAGCGACUUCAAUUGCAUUCAACAUUUACUGAGCAUAUUUUCACGCAUGUAUAAACAAAAAAUAUUCAGCAUUUGUUCCAACUUUCAAGCACAUAUAAUUCUCUAAAGACAACUUGAUGCCUCGGUUAAAGAUCUUGAGUUUUACAUGUCCAAAUUAUUUCAACAAAAAUUAAAACAAAAGCUCUGACAAUUC